UAGCGGAAGUUCCCGAGCGGCGGCGGCGCCGUUGCCGUAGCGACGCGACGCCGCGCUGGUUCCACACCCCCCUUCCCCGUUUCCCCGUUAACCUGCCGGGGCGCCGCUCGUCCCUAUGGAGACGUCAGCGCCCGCGGCGGCCCGGUACAGCCCGGGGACCCGGGAGUUGCUGAGAGCGAUGAUGGAGGAGUCGAAGCUGUCGCGAUUCCAGAGGCGAUGCCUGAUGGACUGCGUGAGGCGCGGAGACGCCCUACCCCUCCAGUGCCACCCCGCAUCCAGCAAAGAGCCGGCGCCUGCUUGCUCCCCGCCAGUUUGCCAGCCGAGCAGGCUUUCGGCUAAACCGCACCUCCGACCUGCCAAGGUCUGCCAGGCAGGAGAUGCCUACACCCGAGAGAAAUUCAAGCCACGGGCAAGGCGGGAUUUGGAAAAGGAGAAGCAAAGGCUCCAAAACAUCUUAGCGACGGGGAAGGACGUGGUGGAGCACAAGGUGAAGCGGAUGCUAGUUCAGACAGAGGAGGAGGAGAUACCUGAGCCUGACCGGUUUGAAGAAUUGGUGAAUGAAGUUCAGGAGAGGAGGGAAUUCCUGGCAGAGAUGGAAGCUCUAGGACAGGGCAAGGAGUAUCGAAGGAUUGUCCUCACUGAAAUCUCACAGAAAAUGCGUGAGAUGGAGAUCAUUGACAAGAAGAGAAGUGAGGAAAUGAGAGAGAUCAUGACAAAAGACUUCACUGGUGGGAACAAAUCCGAUCCCCACGACUAGGCCAAGGGAAAAACACGAGUGCAAUUUGUUCCCACCUCUUCUUCCCAGACUCUUGGCAUCCGAGUCUCAAGGGCUGGUCUGUGCCUGUGCCCGAAGAGGGGGCAGCACCACCUGUUGCCUAAAGCCAGAAGGCAGGAGCAAUUUGCACAGAACUCGCGACAGAAGAAAGCGGUUGUAAAUUCCUACCCACGCGCUGGAUCCCUUCUUGCUCAACAGUAUUCAAGAGAUGAAAACACACAGCAGUGGCUACCGAAACAGGACAAAGCAGAGCCUCCUUUUGCCUACACUAUGCGUCAGAGUACAGCAAACCCACCGAUAAAAAUGUCACUCCUGUCCAUCCACCCAGCGGGGGAGGUUCCUCACGACAGCACGUCGCGAACACGCGUGCUGCCACCCACAUCUAUGACCCACUCGUGUCCCCCCCCCCCACCCCGACUCUGGGAGGGGCUGUGCUGGCAGACGGCGGGGAGGAAGAUGCAGCCGCUCGCCCUUGCGCAAGCACGAGCCUCCGGCAUCGCUGCAGGUCAGCGUGAUCGUGUGCAUCAGCAAACUUCUCGGGCCACGGCUGAACGCUGAGCUCAGGCACCCAGGAACGCAGCUGCCGCCGGGCAGGGAGAGGGGAUUUCAGCCCAGCGCAUGCUGCUCCCUGCUGCGGGCUUCCUGUGUUUUUUUUUUUGGUUCCUGAAAGCAUGGUAUGCAGAAUAAACAGCUCUCGGUCUCCCACAGAGCCUGGGAAUGGCUGUUUGCUCACCUCGUAUGUACCUCCACCUCCACCCUCCAGCAGGCUGAAGCAUGAUGCCCCGCUAUUCCUGCAUAAAUCCCAGCAUAAAGUCUGCCUCCUGAUUUCCUUAAGAUCCCAUCAUCUCCUUCCUAGCAAUACUCUUGUCAGCCACUCCCCAAAGCCAGGCAGCAUGUCCUGCCCCCGGGACAGCACGAGCGCGCAAAGGGAUCAGAAACCUACACCGCAACUGGUUUUUAAAUCCAACGUUCCUUUUAUUUCUGUUCAGGUGAAUGGAAGUUCUGGAGUUAGUACAGUAUAAUUGACAAAUCAGAGUUCUGACCGGGCGCAGGGCCAAGGGGUGUCAGGCUGCAGCGAUCCCGAUGGCCUUUGGCAACAGUGACGUGACACCAGGCUCUAAAGAUUUGUUUCUCCUCGGAGAAAAGAUGCACUUUGGGACCUCCCCUCCCCUGCCACUGCUCCUCGUCAGCCUGCUGGGGUAUGGCACAAGCAAGAUGGUGUCACCAGCGUGGUGUUGAGCUUGCCACCUCCCAGCCACGGGGGCCACGCUGGGACUGAGGAGGGUUUUGGG